CACACACACACCUUUACUUUUCUUUUUUUAGCUUGUUUUUAUUCUACUGUGAUGAUGAGUGUGGCGGUGGCGGAGGGCUGCUUUCUGUCAGCUCUGCAGCCCAGAACUUCCUGCACCACCUACGUGGUUCCCUCGGACGGGCCGUCCCCGGACCCGGUGGCUAGAGCCAGGAGGGUGCGGGAGCAGGUCCGGAUGCGUCUGGCUGAGAAGAGGUCCUCCUCUCUGCCCAGACUGGACGACGCGCUGAUCGGACCCACAGAUUACAGCUGUCCCGAUGCCAAGAGCAUUUCCCACACCCUUGGUUUCAGUUCCAGAUCCAUGAUACACACACCCAGCCGCAUCAUGUCUAUGCCCACAGCUCCCCUUCGCUCCUCUGGGUUCUCCUCUCGCUCUGCUGCUGAAACCAGUUCCAAGGCGAACCAUAAAGCAACCAGCUUGGUCCAGAGCAGCUUCCAGUCCUCCCACCAGUCACACAGCAGAAACAUUCGCUCUAAGUCACUGUGCCAAGCAGACCAGGAGGCAACCCCCCUUACUGUGCUGCCUCCUCAAGAGAAAACCUCCUACUUGAUCACUGUGCCUCCCCUCGGCACCUUAAGGCGCAGCCUCAGCGGGACACUGGCCCAGGAGAGAGGCUACUGGCAGGAGGAGGAGCUGCCAUGUCAGUACACCUACAAGGGCCCCUCCCACCGCACCAUCAGCCGCAUCACCAACCGACAGCAGCAGUACCAGCAGCAGCAACAGCAGCAGCAGCAGCAGAGCUCUGCCUUCGGUCAGGAGGGCUGGGUGGGGACGGGCCGGGGGGUCCCCAUGGCAGGGGACGGCUGGGGGACACAGUGGCAGCAGCACAUGUCAAGGGCCAGCCACGGUAUGGGGACAGUCCAGAACCAAGCCUCCCUCCACCGGGCCGCCUCGCUCCGCAGUGUGAGGAGCGUCGGGAAAGGAGUGGAUAUCUUGGAUGGAGCAUCGAUACACAGCAAUGACCCACUGGAAGAUAUGCAGAGUCUGGACAUGGGUACCGCUGUCAGAUAUCUGUCUGAGUCAGAUGCUGCCUUGCAAAUUCUGGGAGCUGCAUACAUACAACACAAGUGUUACCAUAGCAACGAAGCCAAAAACCAGGUCCGAGUUCUGCAUGGCGUUCCAGCUCUAGUUGAGCUUUUCUCCAGUGACAACCUAGAAGUGCAGCGUUUUGCCACCGGCGCCACGCGGAACCUCAUCUACGAGAACGCUGACAACAAGGUGGCACUCAUAGACGCCGGCGGAGUGAUGCGCCUCGUCAGCAUCCUCGGCAAACCUGAUGAGGAACUUCGGAAGACCAUCACAGGUGUCCUGUGGAAUCUGUCCUCCCGGGACAACCUGAAGGAGAAGCUGUCCAAAGAAGCUUUGUCGGAGCUGACGGAGAAAGUACUGGUUCCUCUGUGCAGCAGCCUCCCACUGAGCCCGUCGGAGAGAGACAUCUUCUACAACACCAGCGGCUGCCUCAGGAACUUGAGCUCAGUGAACGAGAGGACGAGGCAGAAGAUGAGAGACAUGCGUGGCCUGGUGGACUCCCUGGUGUCCUACAUUCAACAAGAGGAGGGGGUAGACGACAAGGGUUUGGAGAAUUCAUUGUGUGUGAUGAGGAAUCUGUCCUACCAGCUCUACACGGAGCUCCCUCCCUCAGUCCGACUCCGUCUGGAGGGCCCAUCGAGAGCCUCUGCCUCCAGAAAAAGCGAGGCCAUCGGCUGCUUUACUAUGUAUAACAAAAAGAACUCAGAGCAUAACCACAAUCUGUCCAUACUGUCUGAGGUGUCCCGACAGCCUAAGGGAGCCGAGUGGCUGUGGCACCCUAAUGUGGUGGCGCUGUACAAGCUUGUUCUGCAGAACAGUGACAACAGCUCCAACAGCCGCGAGGCAGCCAUAGGAGCCCUGCAAAAUAUCACUGCAGGAGAGGCCCGGUGGUCAUCAGUGCUGAGUGGUGUAGUGGUGGAGCAGGAGAGGAUGUUGCCCAUCCUGCUGGAUCUGUUAGACACCAACAGUGACAUGGAACUGAGGCCUCUGACCGGCCUGCUGAGAAAUCUGGCAAGACACUCGUCCAGCAAAGACCACAUGGCUAAGACCAUGGUGAACAUUCUGGUGUCCAAGCUGCCCAGUGAUGGCCUUCAAAAAACGCCGUCCUACGAGGUGGUGGUCAACAUCUGUGGAGCCCUCAAUCACCUGGUCACCUGCAGUUCCUUGGCAGCCCGCGACAUCUCAUACUUCAAUGGCCUGCAGAAAUUGAUCGGCAUCAAGACCAUCCAUGAUAAUAGCUCUGGGGGUCUAAAAGCUGCAAGAGCGGCCUCAACUGUCCUCUGCAACAUGUUCCAGUACAACAAACUGCACAGAGACUACAAACUGAAAGGAUUUACCAGACGAGACUUCACUGAUGUCACCGUCUAGGCUGCAGCACAAGACGUGAUUCAUUCCGAGCUGUUGGCCUCAGCGUCACGGUUGCUGUGAGGAAAAGACGAGGAACAAUAGUUGGAUUUAAUGAGCAGAGAGGAUUUAGAUGGACCUACGGGAAGAGAAAAAAAUGGACCAGAGUCAAUGGAACGAUGGACUUUAAAGUCUGUCCUCUUUCCGGGAGGCUGUGUGUUUAACUUGGCUUAGCUUGCAGCAGAUGCAGCCUGUGAUGACUUAUGUUGUCCACACAUACAGUGGACUUUACCCCCCAAACUACUACGUACUCUACUUGUAUUAGGAUUUGACUAAUAUGUUUGUUUGACACUGACACUUAUUCCAAUUACUUUGAAUGAAUGUUGCUGAUAGCUGAUAUGAUGUCCACAUUAGAGAGAGAGUGUGAGAGGGAGACAGUAGUGCCUAUUAACCAUUUUUACAUGGUCAGAGAAGGCUAGCGGAUAUCAGGGAUGGUGUCUUUCUAGAUACUGGCUCUAGAGAUAGCAAUGCUGGUCUAUUGGCAGGUCAGUCAGUCCACCUGUUUGGUCCAGAACAGAAUGUCUCAACAAUUAUUGAUUAGAUUACUGGAUUCUUGGCCCUGAACCACUUUGGUGAUGAUCAGGUCCACAUUUCAACUUGUAUCAUACCGGCGUUUAUCACCAAAUACCCACAAAACUAUGUCCCAUCUCACAACUGUACUUUGGCGCUAAUUAGCGAAUGGUAGCAUACUAACUCGCUUAACUAAGAUUAUGAACAUUGUAAAAACAAAUUCUGCUAAACAUCUACAUGUUAUCAUUGUCACUGUGAGCAUGUUUGCAUACUGAGGAUUGCAUUUAGCUCAAAGCACUAAUUUACCUAAAUACAGCUUCACAGAGAAGCUAGCUUGACUGUCCGUGAGUCUUUUAUUUUACCGAACAAGUUCAGACGUUAAAGUUAUGAUGUAGCCAUUUUCAUUCAAAAAGAAACAGGAAGCAGCUCCAGGUUUCAAUUAAAAGGUGCUAAAUCCAUUAAUUCAAAUCCAUCAAUUAAGAGUACAUCUCUUACCUCCACACAACACUCUCAACGAGGCAACAGCUGAGCCGGCGGCUCGCAGCUGACGGUUCUAACAGUGCAAACGACGACAACAGUGCUGACAGAGCUUACAGUGUUUACCUUAUGUUGAACCGGGAAUAUGGGUGACACGCUUCUUAAACUUCUGUCAUCCGGGACGGCGCUACCGCUUGUAACUACCGCUUGUAACUACCGCUUGUAACUACCACAUGAGCCCAGUGCAGAGCUGCGGCAAUGAGCUAGCCAGGUAGCCAUGCUAACAUGCACUAAUAUGCACUAAAAUGCAAGCGUGGCUGGACCGGCUAUGAGCACAGAGACGCUCUGAUAACAACACACACAGAGGGAGAUUGACUUCAUCUUCAUCUGAGUAUCUACUCAGGUAGACAUUAGUACACUAUACCUUCACACAGCAAAUCAUUGUUUGAUGCUUUAUUAAUGAUCUGAAUAUUGUGGGGAAAACAUUUAAGUUUAGAUGUCAGCUUCACAUCUUGUUCAUUCGAGGUUUAGCAUUUUGUUUAUCUGCUUAUUUGUUACUUCUAGCUUUCCUGAAAAUGCUCAUAUGCACAGGAACUAAUGCAUUUGAUUAUCAUUUGAUAAAAGAAUAACUGGGAACACAGCAUGAGGGGCCACCAUGGCAGUCUAAGAAGGAAGCGUCAACAACACUUCACCAGACAUUCAAUUAUUGGUCAAACAACUCCUUAAUUUGCAUUUGACCACAGAGGAGCAGUGCAGAAAUACCACCAAAGCAUUUAAGUGGAGUCAAAACUCAAAUGAACUAAAACACGGCAAUUAGCCUGUCUUCACAGUAAAGUAUCUUAUGCUCAUAAUGAGUUAAAUCAUAACCUAGAAAAACAAGCUGUAUAUGCAUUGGAAUAUGAUCAAAGAAAAUAGUGUUAUUUGAGAAAAUAAAUCAGACAAUCUUCCUCUGUCAUGUACAAUCCAUCUAGUCAAACAAUGUUUGAUUAAAAGGAAAAGCCUCACGAUAAUGUCUGCUGAGAGGCCAGUAGGAGCCAACAAGGGGAUUUCUCUAAAAGGACGUGUGGGGGAGAGCGCUGUAACCUUCGGGCCUGCUGGAGGAAACUGCACACCAGCAGCGGCCUCACAGCACUUUUCUAGCAGAUGGAGGAAGGGAGGGGCACAGCCUGACCGGGGAAUGACAGGCCUUGAUAUGUAGUGGGCAAAACUGGAGAGGGGGGGCUUCAACCAAGAGGCAUGACUCUACUUCUGACUUUAUUUAUUACCUCAGUAAACAUUGUGAACAUGAGUUUAUGGUCUCAAUCUAUAGUUUCAAGUCUUCUUCAAUACAGCAUGAAAAUUGUAUUAGGGUCCAUUUAGAGUCAAAUAGACCAUAAGGCAGAGUAUGCUUUAGGGCGGGCUUACUGUGAUUGACAGGUUGCUGCCAGAGCCGUAUACGGCUUCUCUACAUCACUCCUCCGCAUUCCAAAUAUGGUAUCUUCUGUUCAUUGGUUGGAGAAAAAAACCACAUGGUGUUCCACCGUAUUCCAAAACUCAGAACUUGAGGCUUCAUAGCGGAAGUCCACAACUCAAUGGGUGACGUCGUGAUGACUACGUCUUCUUAUAGACAGUCUAUGGCUUCAACACACAGACCACCCACCCUUGAAACAGAGAAUCCCUUUUCUAUCACCUAUCAUUUGUAUCCAUUGAAAAUGUUGACCACACGUGUCAGCUAACGUUAGCUUACUGGUCAUAUGCUAUUGUGAUGCGAUAUUGACUGUACGCGGUGAUGUCGUGUACGACAGCAAACCACUCUUAGUUAUUUUUUUAGAACAUGUCAUUGAACGCUGCGGUGGAGACACUCUCUUUAAAUGUUGUAGCUUUCCAAGCUAGGGCUCCGGUUCGAUACUGUGUCCCUUUCAGAAGCUUUGUUUUCCAGCAUUGACCAACAGUGUUUUUUUAAAGACCUUAUAAAACUCAUAAAUAAACAAUUAAUGUUUUUCUGUGACUAGCUAUCGAAUUUAUCAGUGUUAAAAGGAGUCGUUGUCGUCAUUAGCUGUUAGCUAGAGCCUAUUGAGGGCACGGUGUAUCCCAUGAUGCACAGGGGGCUCAGCUCACAAUGGAAUAACAGGACAAUCUCCCCGUCCUAGGAACUUGUAGAUCUGUUCUGUUGGGCGGCAACCGAAAUAAAGAGUAGACUACCCAGAGUGUAGUAAAUAAGGUGUAGAUUAUCCAUUGGACACCUUAAUAGUAUUGUUCGGCAUUCAGCCUUUUUUUAUAGUUAGCUAUAAGAAUAAACAAACAAUCAAUCAUACCAUUUCUAUUGACAAAGUAAGAUCAAAAACAGAUCUAUGUGAUGGGAAAUAUAAAGAAAACAACUUAUAAUAAUAAAGUAAGACAAAUAAAAUAAAUAAAUACAUUGUUUUGGGCUACUUGAGAAGUGGGCAGGAAGUGACAUCAGCGGAGGAGCCUUAUAUCCCUGAAUAAAUAAUUGUGGCCUUGUAUGGAGCUGCGUACAUUUCUAGACAUAAACAAAACAGAUAAAAACCCUCUAAAGAAACAAUAGUUGCCUGAAAGAUUUGUAAAUAGUUUUUGAUCUGUGUUUAGCUACAGUGCUUAUUCCCCCACUGACCAUCAAAGCCUACAUGGACAACUUUCUAAAAGCUUAAAGGUCUUGAUUAAUAUUGUUUCAUGAGUGAUAUGAAUAAAAAUCUGAC